GAGCCUGUUCAAUUCGACAACGAGUCUCGGCGGUUGUAGAUCGUGUCUAGUGAUAGGGAUCCUUGCUCUCUUUCAAGGCUUGCUAAGAAUUCACAAUUUGGUUUUAGUUCAGUGGUUGAUUAGUUUUAGUUGGUAAUUCUACCGUGUUAGCAGUUAUUAAGGAAGUGACUUUCCUGAACAUUGACUACGAGCGAACCUGAGCUGAAUAACUCAGUGAAUUUGAAAAACUAUAUUCCCAGUGACGAGGAAGGCAACUACGGGCUGAAGCAAAAUUCUCUCAAACUAAAUUAACGUGUCUCUUAUUAGCCCCCGUCUCAUUUCGAAUUAAAACAAGCUCAAAAUGCCGAAGCCAGUCGUCCAAGUCGGCGAUGAUCCCGAUCCAAGCGAGUGGCUGUUCGUCUCGCUCGAACAGAAGCGUAUCGAUCAAAGCAAGCCGUACGAUGCCAAGAAGGCUUGCUGGGUUCCGGAUGAGAAGGAGGGCUACGUGCUGGGUGAAAUCAAGGCCACCAAGGGUGAUCUUGUCACCGUAGGCCUGCCCGGCGGUGAGACCAAGGAUUUCAAGAAGGAUUUGGUCGGCCAGGUCAAUCCCCCCAAAUACGAGAAAUGCGAGGAUAUGUCCAACUUGACAUAUCUUAAUGAUGCAUCUGUGUUGCAUAACUUGAGAGAGCGAUAUAGGGCCAAGCUGAUCUACACCUACUCCGGCUUGUUCUGCGUUGUCAUCAAUCCUUACAAGCGUUGGCCGCUGUACACCAUGCGUGUCGCCAAGAUGUACCGUGGUAAGCGUCGUGCUGAAGUGCCGCCCCAUCUGUUCGCCGUGUCUGACGGUGCCUACGUUAACAUGUUGACCAACCACGAGAACCAGUCUAUGUUGAUUACCGGUGAGUCUGGUGCCGGAAAGACUGAGAACACGAAGAAGGUCAUUGCGUACUUUGCCACCAUUGGUGCCUCCGGAAAGAAGGACGAGAAUGCCGAGAAGAAGGGCUCCCUGGAAGAUCAGGUCGUCCAAACCAAUCCCGUCCUUGAGGCCUUCGGUAACGCCAAGACCGUCCGUAACGAUAACUCUUCUCGUUUCGGUAAAUUCAUCCGUAUCCACUUUACCGGAUCGGGUAAGCUGGCUGGUGCUGAUAUUGAGACCUACCUGCUGGAGAAGGCCCGUGUCAUUUCCCAGCAGACUCUGGAGCGUUCUUACCAUAUCUUCUACCAAAUCAUGUCCGGUUCCGUCAAGGGCCUGAAAGAAAAGUGUCUUCUGAGUAACAACAUUUACGACUACAUGGUUAUUGCCCAGGGCAAAACCACCAUUCCAUCCGUUGAUGACGCUGAAGAAAUGCAGCUGACCGAUGUAAGAUUUCGGUUCCGUCGUCUACGUGUUUGGCGGAUUGCAUCCAGUGUUUUCAAUUUUAGUUUUUUGUUUUGAUUUUCAACACGAAAU